UGUAAAUGGCAGCGGCACUCCGCGUGCCCACAUACGCCGCCCGCGAAUUUUAGUCUAAAUGGCACAAGUGGAUUUUCACGAAUUUUAAGUGGCAUACGUGGACAGAUCCGUGAAGUCCACGAUUUCCAGCGGCUGACCGCGUUUUUUUUUUCCCUCGAAGGAAAAAAGAAAACUCCCCAUCCCCUUCGCUAUCCCGUCGCCCUCCUCCUCUGCGCCGCCUCCUCCUCCGAGUAUCCUCCGCGCCGCCCCCAACCACCUCCUCCGCGUCUCCUCCACGCCGCCCCCGACCACCUCCUCCGCGUCGACAUGUCCUAGGUUCUCCUCCUCCGCAGCAGAUGGAUCUGGCGGAGACUACCUUCCCCGUCUCCUCCACUGCGAUCGUGGCCGCUCCGGCACCAGCAGGGCCGCACAGCGGCGGGAGCAAGUCCGUGCUCGACGGGAUGGCUGGCCCAUCCAUGAAGCCGGUUGAGCUCGAAGAAUUGGCUGGCUCAUCCAUGAAGCUGGUUCACCUCGAAGAAAUGGCUGGCCCAUCCAUGAAGCCGGUUGAGCUCGAAGAAUUGGAUCCCAUGGGUGAUGUUGACAAGCAGAGGCUAAAGUGGGAAACCAUCAAUGAGGACCAGCAGGUGUGGGAUGCCCUUGAUGAGCAGCAAAAGGACUUCCUUGUUCAAUGAAGACUCCUGUUCAUCUGUUGAUGCUACUCCCUAGUUGCACUUCAAGAUGUAGAUUCAUGUCAAGUUUUCAGUAGUUCGAAUGAUGCUCCAUUGCACAAGUUUCUGUAAUUAUAUCAGGACAAUACCGGUCUAGACAAGGUUAAUGCAGCAGUAUUAUGUCAGGAUAGAAGCAGGACCACUUCUAAGUGUAGAGCAAUGAACUAUCAGAGCUCAAGAAGACACCGUCAACAAGUCCAACCUUCCUCUUGAUUUCUGAUUGCCACCAUUUUCAUUAGUUCUAGUUCAGAAUCUUCCUUGUUGAGCUUUGUGUGAAGAAGCACAAAGUAGAUCUUCCAAAAAUAUGCUUCAUUCAGCUGUUA